AUGUUUCGGCCGGAUUCGGACACCUGGAAUACAGUUCUCCAUGGCACACCGUCAUUUCCUGUACAAUUUGUUUCAACUACCAGGAUGUCCUAUUCUGACGACUUUCAUCCACGAUCUCAAAGCGCUGACACACGACGAAUGAGGCUAGCACAACGUCGAAUGUUUUCAGAAGACUACGUAAACGACACUUUCUACACACCACAAAGAGCGCCACUCAGUCAUUCGUUACCGGAAAACGCUGUCUUCAGCGGUAGCAUUGUCGAUUCCGGUGACGUAAUUCGGCGUCGAUCUGCUGAAGUGAAUCACGAUGGCACGACGCUACCUCGUUCGGUAAAAACAGUUCACUUUCCGUCCACGUACAGAGAGCAAGUUUCAGAGCAACACACACCAACACAGUUUAAUAGUGCCGCCCACAAUUUCACACAGCACCUGCGAGAGCGCUCACCGUCGAGUAGCUCAGCGCUCCUGAACCUUCUGUCACGCUAUCCAUCUGCAAAACAGUCUGUCUACUCUUCCACGUCACCUUCAGCCGGCGUAUCAAGUCCGAACAACGAUUCCACGCAACGCAUCUAUCGUUUGGAAGAACGACCAAUCGGCACACAGUCUUUUCGUCCAACGGAUGCCUUGCUUAGUUAUUCCCUUGUGGAGCAUUCUGUGCCUAAGUGUCAACAACAACAACAACAUUUACAACAACCCCACCAUUCCGAUUCAUCACUACACCGCACUCCACUGGGUUUACAAAAAGAAAAUCCUUCACAGUUGUCUAGUGAAUAUCCAUUGAGCUUGCCUUUAUAUAACAGCAAUUUCCGUCAAUCGCCCAUAUUUCCACAUUCGAACAUUGGCGAUAUAAAUCGCAACGACACACAGCAAAACGUGAACGGUUUUUCAACGCUACAUUCUACUGCAAAUAACUCAGCUACGAAAGCGUUCGACAAUCGAUCUGAGCAUAAAUUUUACACCGAUCUCCCGAACAACAGUCACCACACCCUCACUGCUCGUAAUAAGCAGUGGGAGGAGCUGUUGGACGUCACGCAGCUGGAUUCGCUGUUAGCAUCGGUACUUGAGGAAAAUAUGAACCGUUCUACGACCGAAUGGAGCAACUCAUUUGCACAAGUCCAAAACAGGUAA